GGGGGCCGAAUACUUUCGCAAGGCACUGUAUAUAAUCUAUAUAUACUUGUGUUCCCUCAAAAAAAAAAACAUUUUUUUAAAUGUUCCCAUUUCUUAUUUUUAUGACAUAAAUCAAGAAAGUUUAUUUAUGAAUUUGUAAUUGAAAGCUUUACAUAUUAGAAUGUUAGUCAGUUACAGUAACAGCUCUGAAGAGGAAAUAGAAAAUGUGCUAUUAGAGGAUGUAACAAAAAGGCUACGAUACUGGCACAGAGAUGACAACUCAUUAAGGAAGAAGCACAAAUCAGAGGAACACACCACCAAAACAAGGGAGGAAGAUGACUUCAAGUCCAGACUGCCUCUUCCUGGCAGUGUGCUGGACAUGUUUACAGAGGAAGAUGAUGACCCACAGACUGGACAACAUACAACAUGGUGGACGGAUUCACUCUUUCAAACAUGAGAGGAGAGGGGAAACUGGGCCACUUAAGUGUACUUUCCACACAUCCCAGAGGAAGGGUUCUUGGAGCUGCUUGAUGAGAUGACUAAAGUAGCAGGAUCCCAUGACAUCUCCCUCACUCAUACAGACGAGUUUCACCUCAGUCUAAGACAGUGGUUCUGAGGCAUCAUUGGAUCCAGCCUUUCAUACAGUCCCUCAGAACAGGCUUGGCACAUGGCAGGAGGUCUGCUAUGGUUCAUUUCUUUGGCUGAGAAGCUGAAGGUCUACUCCAAUGAUGAUAAAACCAGGACAUUACUGGCUAUGGAAGUUUCCACAGGACAGGCUCAGCUACUAGAGCUUAUGAAAGCAGUGGAUGGCACCAUGGAGGAGUUCACCCUUGUCACUUUUUACAAGAAUCCUUCCUUCCAUGUAAGUCUGACCUGGUGUGUUGAAGAGUGUCUGCAGGAGUUGCAGGGUUUGGUUGACUCCCAUGAGGAUGGAGCCUUCCUGUUGAGACUGGACUGUCAAGAGUUGCAGCGUUAGUUUGGGAACAAGACCUUUUCCUUUCCGCUACACUGACAACCAGUUCUCAUUCAUUCUGUGGUCAACUGUAAUGUUGUGAAACCUGACAAAUGUUCAUAAUUGACCUACAGAAUGAAACAGUAGUUGUCAACUAAAGCUUUUGUUAGAUUAAGCCUUACAGGCCUAAAUCCAUUUUUAAAGUGUGACUUGUGAACUAGAAGGAUAUAAUUCAUUAAUGAACCUUUUUGAUUAAAGAGGAUAUAAUAAUCCUGAACUAACACUCCAGACGACAGGACCCAAUGACUUAUGGCACAAUCACUCGUGGCUUUCUGAUGAGUUCAGAAACCCUGAUUACGUGUUGCAGGUGCAUAUGGUAGGUCCUGUUUGAUCCGUGAAAGUACUGAAGUAGAUGUGUUAAGACAUCUGAGGGGAAGAGGUAGUCUCUUUCGCCAGACAAUGGGCGCGCUGCACGCACGCUCCACGGCAGCUGUGAGAAGAGACUAGGGAAGAGGAACCUCUGAGGCUGAUGAAACAGAGUUCCAAUUUUCACUCCCUCUUACUUUAACAGAGCUCCCACAGAAGGCAUUUUACUUAAUGGGCAGUACACAAACAGGGCAGUA